GAGAGCUUCACAACCCAUUCUUGUUGCUUUGAGGAUUGUUGAUGGUGAUGACAGUCCAGCAAUGCCCGAAAUUUGGGCAGCCAUGGAUGUUGCGAAGACACACAUAAAGGAUGCAUUGUCACAAAGGCCAGGCCUACAAAGUCAAGUGCUAGCAAUUGUUGACAAGAGGUGGGAUCACCAGAUGGAGCAAAAGCUACAUGGGGCUGCAAUGUUUUUGAACCCCAGCAAGUUCUUUCAAAUGAAGGAGACUAACAAAAGACUAGCUGCACGGCUGCGUUCAAUGUUCAAUGAUGUGCUAUGGAAGAUGGUGCCGGAUGAUGAACUACAAUCCAAGAUAAGUAAAUUGGCUGAUGAUUAUGAGCUCACGGAGGGUGAAUGUUUCACCAAGCAAAUGGCAAUUAAAGACCGCGAGAAAAAGAGUCCUCUACUUUGGUGGAAUGCAUAUGGUGGCCUUGCUUAUGACCUCCAAUCUUUUGCAAAACGGAUCAUUAGUCUAUGUUGUUCAUCGUCUGGCUGUGAGCGCAAUUGGAGUGCAUUUUCUCAUAUCCAUACCAAAGGAAGAAACCGUUUGGAGUAUAAGAGAUUGAACAAGCUAGCAUAUGUCUCAUACAACCGGCAAAUGACAACUAGGUUUGAAAAGUUACGCGAGCAAGGUUCCAAAGGAAAGAGGGCUAAUGCACUUAUCCUAGAAGAAUUUCAAUGGGAUAAUGAAUGGGUUGAUGUUACUGCUGAAUUGGUUCAUCAAAAUGACGCUAUGGACGAUGACAAUCCACUACUUUGGUCCCAUGUUGAUGAGGCCGUUGGCGCGACCGAUGGUCUAAGUGGACGCCAUCUUCCAAGGAGGGCUCGUGGUGAUUUCAGUGAGUCUAGUCCUCCCGCUGGCUCUAAUAUCUUUUACACUCAAAGGACAAGUGUGGUUGUCCAUGAUGAAGACUUGCGGGCUGAAUUGGAAGCUGAAGAUAUUGAUAGUGACAUGGAGACCAAUGGUGAAGACAAUGAUGGCCCUACACGAGCUAUUGAUAUAGACCCUGAUUUUCAGCUGGAUCUAGAUCUAGAUUGAUUUGAGGGCUAAGGCUACAAGAUUUCUUUUGCUGGACUGGACUUGUUGCUUGUGGUGUUGUUGAACCUUUUUUUGUAAUUCAGACUUUGAUGUUGGACUACUUGUU